AGAGAGAGUUGAAUGUAUAGUAAUUAACUAGUAAUAAAAGGACUAUAUAUACAUAGUAGAGUAGAGUUAGAGUAUAUAGUACUAAACCCUAUAUAUGUACAUACAACUAUUUAUAUAUAAUUACAUUAUAUGUACACAUCAUCCCAACCCUUCUUUCCUCUCUUCUCUCUCUAAUAUAUAUAUAUAUCACUAUAUAAUAUACCUACCCUCCUUCUCUCUCCCAUCAUCCAUAGCCAAAAGCUUUCCUCUCUUCUUCUUCUUCAUAUAACAAAUCCUUAUAUAUAUAUAAGUUAUAUACCAUCCAUCAUUUUUUCACUUAACUCAUAUAUCAUUUUUUUAUAUAUAUAGAUAGUUUUUCAGAGUUUUUUUUUUCAUGCCAAAAUUAGUACUUUAAUAUAUAUAUAUGGAAAAUCCUCACUAGAAUUUUGAAGAAGAAAAUUGUAUAUAUAUAUAUAGAGAGAGAGAGAGAGAAAGAGAGAUAUGGAUAUGAAUUCAGUUGAUGAAGAAUUGGAAAACCCUAAUUCCAACACCAUGGAAUCAUCAGAACAUGAUGAUCAAAACUCCAAUAUUGGUGAUCAACAUCUUCACCUCAUGAACCCACAACAACAACCACCACUACCACCACCAGCUACUUCAGGUUCAGGUUCGGGUUCGGGUUCAGGUUCGGGUUCGGGGUCAGGUUCGAGUAGGUACGAGAACCAAAAAAGAAGGGAUUGGAACACUUUCGGACAGUACCUAAGGAACCACCGGCCGCCGCUAUCUUUAAGCCGGUGCAGCGGAGCUCACGUGCUCGAAUUCCUCCGUUACUUGGAUCAAUUCGGUAAGACAAAAGUCCACACUAAUCUCUGUCCCUUUUUCGGGCACCCGAAUCCCCCAGGUCCAUGCCCCUGCCCGCUAAGGCAGGCAUGGGGCAGCCUAGACGCCCUGAUAGGGCGUCUUAGGGCAGCUUUUGAGGAGCAUGGGGGAAAACCCGAGGCGAACCCUUUCGGGGCUCGGGCAGUUAGGCUUUACUUGCGUGAAGUUAGGGAUUCUCAAUCUAAGGCAAGAGGAGUUAGUUAUGAGAAGAAGAAGAAACGGAAAAGGCCACCUCACCAAAAUGCUGCCACUACUACUACUGCUCAGCUAAUAAUCUCAACCAAUGAAACGAUGUCGUUUGGUGGUACUGAUGAUAAUAAUAAUAAUAAUAAUAAUAAUAAUAUUAAUGAUAAUGAUGAUAAUAUUAGUGCUGCUCAUUCUGUUUCUACCGAUGAUCAUAAUAUUAUUGAGUAACACAUAAUUAUUAUUAUAUUAUUAUCAUUAUCAUGUAGUAAUUUUGGAUUUAAUUAUAAA